AUGAACACGACCAUGCAUUCCCACAUUGAGACAAUUCUGUGGAGCGAGGACCAAAUUUCUCGCCGUGUCUCGGAGCUUGCCGCCGAAGUUUCCGCUGACUUUGCUGGUUGUUCUCGAGCGCCCAUAGUCGUGGGUGUUGCCACGGGUGCCUUCCUCUUCUUGGCAGAUUUUGUUCGCAAAAUCGACUUCUCAGUAUCCGUUGAUUUCGUCCGAGCUGAAUCCUACGGUUCAGGAACAGAAUCCAAUGGCGCACCCACCAUUUCCUUGGAUUUGAAGGUCGACAUCAACGCUCGUCAUGUCAUCUUGGUUGAAGACAUUGUAGAUACUGGUCAUACCUUAUCUAGAGUCAUUAAGCACUUGAAAUCAAAAGGAGCAUCCUCUGUUUCUGUGUGCACUUUUCUUGAUAAACCUGCAAGGAGAAAAGUAAAUGUUCAGCUGGUGGGUGAAGGAAAAUUCUACCGUGGAUUUGAGUGCCCAGACUGUUUUGUUGUUGGUUAUGGAAUGGAUUUUGCCGAACACUAUAGAAAUUUUCCUUACAUUGGUGUUUUGAAGCCUGAACUUUACGAGUGAUCUUAUUUAUAUCCCUUAGUGAGCACUUGUCCCAAAUGGAACCUUAAGAGUGUUUAACACGGUACACUUGAUUCACAGAUAGAACGGAAAAUAGAAGAAAUGAAUCUGCUUUCUGGUUUCCAUGUUUAUCACAAAAUAAACUGUUUCGGAGCUUUACAGAAUUGUUCACACCAUUAUAUUAUUAUACAGUGUACUUGAAAACUA